AUGCCCUACAUCCUGGGUGGCGAUCGGGUGCAGUUGCCGGGAAAGUCGCAUGUAGACAUCCAGGUCGCGAAGCGGAGCACCUUCUGCCGCAUGGCGCUGCGGCGCCGCGACAUGGCGGCCAUGGUCAACGUGCCCAAGGGCUCCAGCGUGCGGAUCGAUGUGCUCAACGACAAGAGUGAGAUUGAGGGAGGUCCGCUGGAAGUUCGAAUUGCAGAUCUGCAAGUGACCUUUGAUGAUGGUUCUUCCUUCGACAUCUUCCCAGGACCUUUGUUCUGGCGCUUGUCUCGCAACGUCGAAGACGUGGAAUUCCAGGUGGCUGGGGUGCUGCGUUCGCAGGACCGGCACGUGUGUUUCAAGGUGGUGAGGGAGAUGGGCUGCGAUUGGCGGGGCGCACCCAUGUCCCGAAUCCGUGUGAUUUCGGCCGGAUUUCUGGGCACCAAAUUUCUGCACAAAGGUACCAUGUACCUGGCCAAGAUUGUGCCAGGUCAGGCAGUUGAGGAGACAGUCAAUGCGUUUCGAAAGAUUACUGGCACCUUUGGACAACCUGAAAAUAUUCUCCACUUCGAGGGCUAUGUGAAAACCGACACAGGCGCGCACAUGUUGAUUUUCGAGGAUUUUGGGGAGAGCUUAUCAAAGAUCAUGAGCUCCAAUUCUGAGAUACUCUCGGUAGAGGACAAGGACCAAUGUGCUGAAGACUUACUGAAGGCCGUGGUCUCGUUACACAGUUCCAACAUCUUCCACUUGGCCUUGUCCCCCGAGUCCGUCCGACUCAGCACGGGUCGGAUGCGUUUGAAGUUAGCCGAUCUGGGCACCUUUGAACGGCCCUCGCUGCCCGUCUCCACGCGCCCAGCCACGCAACUAGGUUGGCGCAGUUAUGCAGCGCCGGAGAUCUCUGGGCGCAAGGCGCUGCUGCGGGUGGUGCAACGUGCCAAGGUGGCCAAGAAGAAGGUGGAGAAGUUGCCCGAGAGCAAGGUGCUCAGCAACGUGAAAAGUCUGGAGAUCCUUCCGAGUCUGAGCCGCUUGGUGCAGCGGAGAGUAUGGGUGGAAUGCUUAAACAUGAAGACCUUGCUGACCGAAGAAACCCUGAAGGUGCCAAAGGGUGUGAAGAUCACCAUCAAGUCCAAGAAAGUGGAGGUGAAGAGCAAACAUGGAGACUUGACUCGUGACUUCAAGCACUUGCCGAUCGAGCUGUACUUGGGAGAUGGUGGCAAGAAAGUAAUUGCCCGCAUGUACUUCGCCAAGAGCAAGCAGUGCUCCAUGCUGAACACCGUGUGCAGCCACAUCAGCAACUUGUUUGAUGGUGUUCAGAAGAAGUUCGAGUACAAGAUGCGUCUUGUCUAUGCGCACUUCCCCAUCAACGUGAACAUCAUCAACGGUGGCAAGACCAUUGAGAUCCGAAACUUCUUGGGAGAGAAGGUGGUGCGAACCGUGCACAUGAUUCCCGGGGUGACUGUUGAUAAGAGUGCCUCUACCAAGGAUGAAUUGGUCGUCACCGGCGCUGACAUUGAGAACACUGGCCGUUCCGCAGCCCUGAUCCACCAGUCCUGCUUGUGCAAGAAGAAGGAUAUCCGAAAGUUCUUGGACGGCAUCUACGUGAGCUCCCACGGUGUCAAGGAAGACUAAGUGUGAUGAGAUCAGGCAUGAUGGGACGAACUGGCAAC